AUGUCUGCUCAAUAUCUCACUGAUCAAAUACAUUUCGUCGAGUUACGCCAGUCACCAGACCAGAUUCUGGUUCCUGAGACCUUGUUGAAGAAGAGAAAGAGUCAGGAGAAGGCCAGAGCCGAGCGCAAUGCCAACCUUGAGAAGAGAAAGAAGGCCAACAAGGAGAAGCGAGGCGUCAUCUUCAAGCGUGCUGAGACGUACGUCAAGGAAUACCGCGAUGCUGAGCGUGAGAAGAUCAGACUUGCUCGUUUGAGCAAGCAGCAAGGUAGCUUCUUCGUUGAUGAGCAACCAAAGCUUGUAUUUGUGAUCAGAAUCAAGGGUAUCAACAAGAUUGCUCCCAAGCCUCGCAAGAUUCUCCAACUUCUUCGUCUCCUCCAGAUCAACAAUGGUGUCUUCAUCAAGUUGACCAAGGCAACCCAAGAGAUGCUUACCAUUGUUAACCCAUACAUCGCUUAUGGCUAUCCAAACCUUAAGUCUGUUCGUGAGCUCAUCUACAAGCGUGGAUACGGCAAGAUCGACAAGCAGCGCAUUCCUCUGACUGACAACCAACUUAUCGAGGACUCCCUUGGCAAGUACGGCAUUGUCUGCGUUGAGGAUUUGAUCCACGAGAUCAUAACUGUCGGACCCAACUUCAAGCAGGCAAACAACUUCCUGUGGCCCUUCAAGCUAUCCAACCCCAAUGGUGGCUUCCGCACUCGCAAGUUCAAGCACUACAUCGAGGGUGGUGAUCUUGGUAACCGUGAGGAGAACAUCAAUGCUCUGAUCAAGCAGAUGAACUAG